AAAGCAAUAAAGUAGGUUUAGUGGUACCUGCCAGCUUCUUCUGAUUGUCCACAUCUUUUCGAUUUAACUCUUUAGCUCUUUUGCCACACAUUGGCUACUAUCUCUUAUUCAUAGCAAGUUCGCUUAUAGUUUCAUUGCUGUGCCUAGCCGUUUGGCUUUUGCUGCUGUCAUGUAUAAAGAAGUAGUGCUGACCCUUUGCCUGCUGGUGGCAUUAGCCAGCCGAGUGCAGGCCACUGACGGUCAUCCCAUCUACGGAGUGAAGCUGUGUGGAAGAGAGUUCAUCAGAGCCGUCAUCUUCACCUGCGGAGGCUCGCGCUGGAGACGAUCCAUCGGCAUGGCAGCAGACCUGUCCAGUGACCUCCUGUCCGCUCAUGACGACGAGGCCUCUGACAGCUGGAGCUCGAACGCUGUCUCUGCACUCUCCUACAAGCCUCACUCUGACUCUGAGACCCCCGACUGGGCCCCUGAGAGUCCGGAGGGUCCCAUGUUCGCCCGGCCCGCACGGUCACUCAUCUCUGAUGAAGUCCUGGAGGCCCUACGCACCUCUGACAGGAAGGGGCGGGACGUAGUGGUGGGCCUGUCCAACGCCUGCUGCAAAUGGGGCUGCAGCAAGAGUGAGAUCAGCUCCCUCUGCUGAAGAACAUCUCUACCUGUGCUGAUCAGCCGCCCCGCUUCCUGCAGAGUUUUGGCUUCAACCCUCGUCCACUACACUGAAAGACGUAAUGCAUUGAAUUGGCCUCGUUUAAAUGCGCCCAUCA